AUGGCUUUGAUAUUGGAUAUUCAAGGAUUUACGACUGACAAUAAUUUUAUUGUCAAAGAAUUGUCAACAAUUAGUAUUCAUGAUGAUAAUUUGGUGGAUGCUACAUGUUUGCUUUUUAAAUCACCAUUCGAUCAAGAAGAUCUAACUGAUUCGGAAAAACGUCAGAAUGAUUGGCUAACUGAUUACCAUCAUGGAUUAGCCUGGAAUUCUGGUAUAAUACCGUACGAGAAUGCAAAAAAUAUACUUACUAUUAUAUUACAAAAUAUAACCUACAUUUAUGUCAAAGGAGCUAUGAAGAAAAAUUGGUUGGAUUCAGUACUCGAUGAUAAAAAACCGAUCAUUGAUCUAGAGGAUCAUGACGAGCUAUUGCAGUUAGACGAUAGCUCUAAUAGCAAUAUCGAAACUGAUGACCUUGUUACGCAAAUGGCUAGACUAUGGCUUGGUUAUUAUCCAGGUUGCGAAACAAUAAGAAUAGAUCAUUUCACAGGGGUUCAGCGUGAGCGUAAGUUGUCUACUAGCUCUGAAGAUUCGUACGUCUCGUUUCCAACAGAUAAUAAAGAAUCGAAUGAUCCUGGUGAAUUCAAUUCUGAAAAGGAACUGAUGGUUGAAAGAACACAACAAUAUUAUGAUAAUUGUGUCACCGACGAAGAUGAAGAAAAAGACGAAGAAGAAAGAGAAGAAGAAGGAGAAGAAGAAGUAGAAGAAGAAGAAGAAGAAGAAGAAGAAGUAGUAGAAGAGGAAGAUAAUCCGCAAUACACAUAA